AGUUGCAGUAGGUGUUUCAGAUUCUGGUCCCUGGUCCAAUUGGGUAUUUUCAAGAUCGAUGUCAUCUUCAUCUGGAGGAUGUGACACAUUGGAAUGGGUAUUGGUUGGUGGGUUGUUGGAAUUCAAGAAUGACAACAUGUGGUAGUAUAUGUAUGGUGUUUUUCUGUUAGCAGCUGAACCACUCUUUCCACCACUCAACCUCCUUCUCUCCCUGUUGUAACAAUCCUUCACACUCUUCCAUUUUUUCUGUAGGUGCGUACCUGAAAAAAAACCAGUGAAGUCGUAUCUCUGCAAAUACAGCGCUUAUUAAAUUAGAGGUUUUGUUUUUCUUCAAUUUGUAGUAUAUUUUAGUAGGAAAGUAACAAGCUGUACUACAUAAUGUUACUUCCAAAAUAUUUGCAGUUUAAUUAUACUAUAAAUAGUACUACAGCUCAGAUUCUUAUUUUCAGGUAUCUGGCGACUGGAAAUUCAUUUGUGGACUUACACCACUCUUAUCGUCUGGGAGUAACUACAAUAAAAGAAAUUGUUUCAAGAGUAUGUUCUGCACUAUGGAAUAUUCUACAGAAGGAAUGUCUACCUGAACCAACAAAAGAAGACUGGUUAAGAACUGCAGCUGAAUUUGAAAAGAGGGCAAACUUUCCUAAUUGUCUAGGCGCUGUUGACGGAAAGCAUAUUAGAAUUGUAAAACCCCCAAACAGUGCAUCACUGUACUAUAACUACAAAAACUACUUCUCCAUCAUCCUUAUGGCAGUGACCGAUGCAAACUAUCAAUUUGUAUAUGUUGAUAUUGGAUCAUACGGAAAAUGUGGAGACUCUACUAUAUUCCAACAAUCAACUUUGUACCAAAGAAUAAAUACUGGUACUAUGGAUAUUCCCGAGGACAGACCAAUAUCACAAACACGUACUACACCAAUUCCAUUUGUGUUUCUUGCUGAUGAUGCUUUCUCACAGUCUCAAAGAAUUAUGUGUCCUUUCAUUGGAAAGCAGCUUAAUAUGAAGAAAAGAUUGUUUAACUACAGACAUUGCAGAGGUAGAAGAUACGUUGAAUGUACCUUCGGAAUCUUAGCCAAUAAAUGGCGUAUUUUCCAUCGGGCUUUGAAUGUUAAUAUUGAGUUAGCUAUAGACAUUAUUAAGGCGUGUUGUGUUUUGCACAAUUACGUACGAAGUAGAGAUGGUUUCCAGUUUGCAGACACAUUAUAUAGGUUUCCAAGUGAUGGCAACAUAAGAGGAGGCACACACACACGUCAAUACAAUUCAAACGCAAGAAACAUUCUAGCAGAAUAUUUCGCAAACGAAGGAGCAGUUUCAUGGCAAAACCACUACCUUUAAUAAUAGCAAGAAUGAAAUAUAAUUAACAAGAACUUGUUGAUGUUGUUUUUCUCAUUACAUGACA